AUGACGCAGAUUGUCACCUCCACUAGUCAGGCAAUCUUCUUCCUUCAGUCUGGUAUUUGUCAGCUUUUCCGAGAAACUCUUACUCAGAAGGGAUUUGUGGAAAUUCAGACUCCCAAAAUCAUUUCAGCUGCCAGUGAAGGAGGAGCCAAUGUGUUUACUGUGUCAUACUUCAAAACCAGUGCCUACCUGGCUCAGUCGCCACAGCUGUACAAGCAGAUGUGUAUAUGUGCCGACUUUGAAAAGGUGUUUUGUGUCGGGCCAGUAUUUAGAGCUGAGGACUCCAAUACACACAGACACCUGACUGAGUUUGUUGGUCUGGAUAUUGAAAUGGCUUUUAACUAUCACUAUCAUGAAGUGGUAGAUGAGAUUGCAGAUACCUUGGUCCAGAUAUUCAAGGGACUUCAGGAAAGAUUCCAAACUGAAAUUCAGACGGUGAACAAACAGUUCCCAUGUGAGCCAUUUAAGUUUUUGGAACCAACUCUGAGGCUGGAAUACCGUGAAGCUGUGGCCAUGCUUAGAGAGGCUGGUGUUGAGAUGGGUGAUGAAGAAGAUCUGAGCACACCUAAUGAAAAGCUCCUGGGACGCCUGGUAAAGGAAAAGUAUGACACAGACUUCUAUAUUCUUGACAAAUAUCCUCUUGCUGUGAGGCCUUUCUAUACAAUGCCAGACCCAGUAAACCCUAAAAACUCUAACUCUUACGAUAUGUUCAUGAGAGGAGAAGAGAUCUUGUCUGGAGCUCAGAGAAUUCAUGAUCCUCAGCUGCUGACAGAAAGAGCCCAGCAUCACGGCAUCGAUCUGGAGAAAAUAAAGGCUUACAUUGAUUCCUUUCGUUUUGGUGCACCUCCACACGCAGGUGGUGGAAUAGGGCUGGAAAGAGUAACCAUGCUGUACCUUGGGCUGCAUAAUGUUCGUCAGACCUCCAUGUUCCCACGGGACCCCAAACGCCUGACACCCUAACGUGAGCUGCUUGUGAAAGAGGGAGAUGAUUUGCCCUGCAAAUACGACACGGUUGAAAGCGUGUCUCCUGCUACUGACGAACCUGUAUUGAUUUGAGCAUUAUAAUAUGCAAUAAAAAAAAAAAAUCUCAUGUACUGAAGUGCCACAAUAGUUUUUUUUUAAUCCUUAGCUGUAUAUUUAAAAGACAUUAUUUUAAGAGAUCAAAACUUUGUAUUGGCAACUGUGCACA